AUGUCUAUUAUAAAUACUGAAAGCACAUUAUCUGAUAUUUCCACAUCUUCACCCAAUACUAGUACCAAUGAUGCCAAUAAUACAAAGAUAACGGUUGCAAAAGAACAAGAAAAUAAUACUAGGGAAAACAAUUUGGCCAGCAUUGUCACUGCUAAUACUACCAACGACGACAAUAACCAAUCAUUUUUUGAUAGACCAUCACAAAGCAAACAUUUAAGUAGAGGUAUGUGGUCGUUAAAAGAGGAUUAUUUUUUGAUGAAGACGCUGUUGGAUUAUUCUAAUUUACUAAAUAAAUUUAAAAGUGCUAGAUACAAGGGUAAAUUUUGGAGGCAUAUCAGUUAUAAGUUAGCUUGCCAUUAUAACGUGUUUAGGAAUAAAAGACAAUGUAGAGAUAGAUUUAAUUUAAUAUUUUCCAAGUACAUUAAAUGUUAUAGCCAUAACGGUUUUAACAACAAUGUUACUAAAAACAAUAAUGGUAGUGAUAACGGAGGAAAUGAUGCAACUAUUUCCAAAGGUGGUGUUGAACUACAAGAAUUAUUUGAAGAAUGCCAUAAAAUAUUUUGCUUGGAUGAAUAUAAUAAUCUAAGUUUAAAAAUGUAUAGGGAUGAUGGGAAUGAAGGAUUGUCCCCUGACUUGGAGCUAAAAAAAAAGACAAAGAAAGAAAGCAAAAAUAAACUUAAAACUGCUAAAACUAGGUCGAAAAAAAUCACCAAAAAGGAAUUCAGGUACAAAAAUAUGUUUAAAGUUGGGGAUGAAUCCAUACCAAUAUCGACUUGCUCCUCCCUUUCUUCUGCUCUAUCUGAUUCUUCAGAUAGUAAUGCAACCCAUGAGGAAUCUGAUACUUACACUGAUUAUUUUGAAAAUAAAAAUGUUUUUGGCAUUGAUGCCAAAACUGACGCAAAUUGUCAAGAGACAAAUAAUAUCUUCAAAGAGAAAUAUGCUGCAAAAGGAGAAUAUCCGGUUAUGAAGCUAUGCAAAAAUAUAGCUGACCUUGAUGAUAGCAAUGACGAAAAAUAUUGUCGUGAUUAUAAUAAGAAUGAUACAUUAGGUGGUGAUACUUUGAGUGGCGAUGCAUCAGUUCAUGAUAAAAAUGCUGAUAGUAUAGUUCUUUUUAAUAAUGAAGAUUUAAACUUAUCUAAUCCAGGUAAUUGUUAUCAUAAUACCGAAAACAACAAUAACGAAGAUUCUCGCACCAACAACAACAAUGAAACUUCUCGCACCGACACUUUGAGAAGUUUUAGUAUCGACACUACUCGUAAUAAUACGUUAAGGAGUUUUAGUAACGGUUCCAUUAGUUGCAGUACAACAACAACUACUCCAAUAACCUCGUUUAACUCUUUUAAUAGCACUUUUGCGAAAAAUAAAACAAAAUUAAAUUAUUCACAACAAAGUGAUUUUCACAAUUAUCACAACAAUUCGUACGAUAUAAAUGCAAACAACAUGACCUUGGAAUAUCCAAGUUUUUUGUUUUCCAGUAACGACAACAACAAAAGCCAUAAGACUACUGCUAUUACUAAUGAUGAUAAUUUACCUUUGCAUUCAUAUGUCGAAAGGUUAAAAUCACAGAUUAACAACUUAACUAGAGAGGUGGAUUCGUUAACAAAUAAAGUUGAUAUUUUAAUGAAUAAGAAUGGCAGUAUAAAUACAAACAAUUUUCAAUUAUUGCCUUCUGAUUUUGCCAUUAGUUCCUAUCCUUAUACUUACACUUAUCAAAGCCAGCUUUCUAUGUUUGGGGAUAUCAUGUUUCAAAGUAAUAAUAGAACAAAAUAA